GUUUUGUAUAUCUGUGGGAAUUGGAGCGAAAUGCAAAAAACUUCUUGUGAAAAUUUGUAAAAUAGAGAUAUGAAAUAAACUAAACGAGAUGGACUUUUGAAACGUAAUGGAUAGAUACGUCACAAAUUCCUUAUCCUACCUGAGAUACAUUCAUAUCUAUUCUACACAGUACUCUUCCAUCUGAACGAACCUCUGAUCCCCAGUGGCUCCCUGGAGCAGACUCUGAAGGACGCUAGCAGACACUUGUCAAAAACAGUACACGACCACUGCUCUGAUUCUAGCAGAAGUUCUCCAGUGGGCGGCACUACUGGUCCCAGUACGUCAAGUCUCUGGUGGUGCACAUAGCUGAGACUGAGGAAGAGGGCAUGCGCUCAUUCUCAGAGACCCAGAUGGUCAUGUCAGCCUGGUUCUUGCUGCUCAUCCUCUCCACCAGUCACUCAGAUGUGAUGCAGUUGAAUGAGGACUCUGCCAGACUGAAGCUCUUCAUGGAUGUGCUGAAUGGGACCAAAGCUGUUUUGCUGGUGCCCAGAUCGGUGCACUGUCUACGUCUGGGAUCCAUGAUGACUACCCUGCUGCUGAUCCUGCUCAAACAUGUGGUGGCCACGACCUCUGACAUGUUGUCUCCCCUCUCUCUGAUCCUGGAGAGUGUCCUGCAGACCGACCAGCAGCUGAUGGCAAAGACCAAGGCCAAGGUGUUCUCUGCUCUCAUGUCUGUGCUGCAGAUGCUGGGCCUUGAUGGUGGUGAGAUCUGCCAACUUCCCCAGCUACUGCUGUGUGUGUGUGAGACUGUGCAAGACGAGGCACUGGCACUGAUUGACAGCACGCAUCACACGGCCCAGGCAGGGGAUGUCCCCAAGGACAAGGACCGCACGGAGACUGAUGCCUCCAGUAGCGUCCAGAAGGACCAGAGGGACAGGUGUGUUUGCUGGCGUUACACCUGGCUAUGGAGCUGUGUCGUGACGACGAGGAACACUGGGUUCUAGUGAUGAGGAAGGUUCCCGUUCUCCACUCGGUUCUCAGCACUCUAGAACUGAGCCUGCGAUCCAAACACAACCUCUACUUUACUGAGGCUGCCCUGCACCUGCUUCUCACGCUGGCCCGCACGCCACAGGGGGCAGCAGCAGUAGCCGGGGCCAGAGUCAUCCAGAGCAUCUGUCUCCCUCUGCUCAGUGCCUAUGCAGCACCCUCCAAUGGAGCCUCACAGGUAACACACGGGGAUAAGGGAUCGGCUGCUGACCUGGGUGCACACAACUGUUAUUGCCCGACAUCCAGGUAUUUCUCGCACUACCCAAUCUCUCUCCAAGAAGUAUUGGCGGCCUACCUUGCCACAGGACGUUAGUUGCUAAGUCAACUCCUGUUCUGUAUGUGCGCAAACUAAGUCCCCCCAGCACGCUCCAGCAGGGAAAGUCCUUUACCUUUCCUUGCCUCAUCGUCCCUGGUCUAAUCUAUCAAUUGACUUUGUCACUGAUCUCCCCUCUGACGGUUUCACCACCAUUUUGGUAGUUGUGGAUAGAUUUUCUAAAUCCUGUCAUUUCAUUCCUUUGUCUGGUCUCCCUACUGCUCCCCGGGUUGCUGAGGCACUAUUCCAGCAGGUCUUCCAGCAUUAUGUCCUUCCGGAGGACAUUGUGUCCGAUCAUGGGCCCCAAUUCACAUCACGGGUGGAGAAGCUCAGGUCACGGUCCGCCUCACCUCCGGGUAUAGGCCUCAGUCCAACAGGCAGGUGGAGAGGAUGAACCAGGAGCUGGGGAGGUUCCUGAGGAGUCACUGCCAGGACCGGCAGGGAGAGUGGGCCCAAUUCCUUCCAUGGGCAGAGUACGUACAGAAUUCGUUACGUCACUCCUCCACCGGGCUGACUCCCUUCCAGUGUGUUCUGGGUUUUCAGCCGUUUCUUGCUCCGUGGACCCCAGGCCAGACUGAAGCUCCUGCAGUUGAUGAAUGGAUCAGGCGCGCAGAGGAAGUGUGGAGCCGUCAGAAGGAGUAGGCAGACCGCCACCACAGUGAGACUCCCAUGUUCCAUCCUGGGGAUCAUGUCUGGUUCUCUACCAGAAUCCUCCCAUUCUGCCUGCCCUGCAAGAAGUUGAGCCCCCGGUUUGUGGGGCCGUUCAAGGUUCUUCGGGGGGCCAAGGAGGUGAUGUAUAGCUUACAGCUUCCCAGUGACUAACGUAUCUCACCUUCUUUUCAUGUCUCCCUUCUCAGGCCGGUGGUUCCUGGUCCUCUGGCUGAUGCUGUCCCCCACGACACCCCUCCGCCCUCCUGGAUGUUAGAUCCCUACUGUACUCCCGACGUCGUGGGGGUUGGUGGACUGGGAGGGGUACGGCCCAGAGGAAAAGUGUUUGGUUCCGGUGGAGGUCAUUCUGGAUCCCAAUAUCAUCCGUAAUAUACAUCUUCGCCUAUCGGACCAGCCUGCUCUUCGUCCUCGGGGCUGUCCUGCGGCUGGAGCCGCGCGUACUGUCACGUCUAUCCCCACUCCUCCCUUCUGGCAUUCGACAUCACCAGUUUACUAACCACCGUACUUUAUGCACACUUGGCUUUCAUCAUUACGUGCACCUGCGCUUCAUCAGUAAGCUCACCUGUUCUCCAUUACCUCACUCAUUACCUCCCUUUUAUCUGGCACUCCCUUAGGUUCCUUCUCCAGGCAGUAUUGUUUCUGUUGUUCAUGUCUAGACGCUACUCCUAUAUUGUAUCGUUCCAUGUUACUUGUUAUAUUAAACUUUACCACCUGCACCUGC